AUGGAUGUCAUCGGUCCUAUCGAGCCAGCCGCAUCAAAUGGAAACAGGUUCAUUUUGGUAGCUAUCGAUUACUUCACAAAAUGGGUAGAAGCAUCCUCACAUAAGUCUGUGACAAAAAAAGUGGUGACAGAUUUUGUUCGCAAUAACAUAGUUUGUAGAUUUGGCAUCCCCCAUUCGAUUAUAACAGAUAAUGGAGCUAACCUCAAUAGCGGUUUGAUGCAUGAGAUAUGUGAUAAGUUCAAAAUCAUUCACCGCAAUUCUACUCCUUACCGACCACAGAUGAAUGGAGCAGUUGAGGCUGCCAACAAGAAUAUCAAAAGAAUAUUGCGGAAGAUGAUUGAUAAUUAUAAGCAUUGGCAUGAAAAUUUACCGUUUUCCCUCUUUGGCUAUCGCACCACGAUUAGGACUUCGACUGGGGCAACACCUUAUCUCUUGGUUUAUGGAACAGAAGCAGUAUUACCAAUGAAAGUUGAGAUACCAUCCCUGAGGAUAAUCCAAGAAGCUGAGUUGAGUGAUGCCAAAUGGAUACAAAGUCGAUAUGAACAAUUGAUGCUCAUUGAUGAAAAGAGAAUGAAUGUAGUUUGUCACGGACAACUUUAUCAACAUAGGAUGGCCAAAGCUUUCAAUAAAAAGAGUGUUGACUGGAGGAGCGGUGAUUCUAGCAGAAAUGGACGGAAAGAUAUGGCCGAAAGCCAUCAAUUCAGAUGCGAUUAA